AUGGGAGAUACUAAUUUUCGUUCCCCUGCCAUUAAAAAGGCAGAAGCUCUGCCCUAUUUCACACCCGCCAACAAUGCCGGUCAAGCUAUAAACCUGCAACCCAACACCCCGACGCUGUUCCGCCCAUUGCGGAUUCGAGAUGUCACGCUCAAGAACCGUGUGAUCGUGGCACCCAUGUGCACAUACUCCGCCGAGUCAGACCCAACUUCUCCGGCGGUAGGGGCGCUCACGGACUUUCACAUCGCGCACCUCGGCCAUUUAGCCACAAAGGGCGUCGGUCUGAUCCUCAUUGAAGCCACAUCAGUUCAGCCCAAUGGUCGGAUCUCACCAAACGACUCUGGCCUGUGGCAGGCUGGAACAGACUCCGAACAGUUCAAAGGACUCCGCCGCGUGGUAAAUUUUGCUCAUAGUCAAGGGGCCAAAAUUGGCAUCCAGCUUGCUCACGCCGGCCGGAAAGCGAGCACGGUCUCGCCUUGGCUCGCAUCCCAGGCAAAUCAACGGGGGAUAAAAGCCGAUGAAAGUGUUGGUGGUUGGCCAUCAAAUGUGGUUGGCCCUUCUGGUGGGGAAGAGCAAAUUUGGGCACCUGGCGAUCAAUACUGGACCCCUCGCGAGCUUGAAAUCACCGAGGUAGAGGAACUUGUUCGGGCCUUUGCACGAAGUGCAGAACUUGCGGUACAAGCAGGAGUGGAUGUAAUUGAGAUCCACGGUGCUCAUGGAUACCUACUUCAUCAAUUCCUCAGCCCCGUUACCAAUCGACGAAGCGACAAAUAUGGUGGCAGUUUUGAGAACCGAACUCGGGUCUUACGCGAAGUGGCCGCUGCAAUCCGUGCUGUCAUUCCAAAUGGAAUGCCCCUAUUUCUUCGCAUCAGUGCCACAGAUUGGCUCGAAAACCAACCUAUCGCAGCCGGAACUGGAAGCUGGGAUAUGCCAUCCUCGAUCCGACUUGCCAAAAUGUUACCAGACCUAGGGAUCGACUUUUUGGAUGUAAGCUCAGGGGGUAAUCACAAAAGCCAACGCAUUGAACCGCAUACAAACUAUCAGGUUGACCUCGCUGGUCAGAUUCGUCAAGAGAUUCACGCAGUCAACCAUGCGACGCUUGUGGGAGCUGUUGGCUUUAUCACCGAGGCCGAGUCCGCUCGAGAUAUUGUUCAGGGCGCAGAAGAAGAGGCACAGGCGACCGCGGCAAUCCUCUCUGGCCCAAGGCCUCAGGCUGAUGCGGUGUUAAUGGCCCGACAAUUUUUGCGCGAGCCCGAAUGGGUGCUCACAGCGGCCAAGAAACUGGAUGUGGAGAUAUCUCUCCCAUUGCAGUUUGCCCGAGGCUUGCUGUAA